UUGGAUGAGCAAGCAUCACAGGGUUCCUUUGUUCUUGACGGGCGUCAAGAUAUAUUGAAUACUGCCCUUAGACGACCAGAGCAUCCUGGUCGUGUUCGUGCAGCUCGUGUUGGUACUACUAUUGGUCAGUACUUUGGACAACGCCAGUCACAAGGAUUAUCAAUAGCUAUAUUAACCCCCAAGGAUUUGGAACUCCUCACACAGCAAGUUGUUGCACAGCUCAAGAAAAAUGAUAUCAAUAAUACACAGACACAGGAUGUUCCUCCAGUUCAAGUAGAUCUUGUACCUGGUAGUAGUAAAGGUAGUUGUCCAACUCCUUCAAGUGCUACUGCUACGACUGGUAAUGCAUUGGGGGAUGAGCCUCAUGUUGAUAUCUCUCGUCUGUGUGAGUUAUGCAUCGAUGAUAUACCACCUCGUGUAGUGGCCAUUGGUAGAGUUUAUGAGGGUAGUUCAACCAUACACCAUGUACCUCUAUCAGUUGAUUUGGUCAAGGUGGUUGUUGAGUUUGUCCGAGAUUUUGAUGCUCAUGUUCCUGUGCCUACUUCAGAGGUUCAACUGGUUGGACAUGCCCUACAAACUUUCAUUUCAUGGCCGAGACGUCUUCUGAGACAUAUUUCAUCAUCUAAGCAGACACAUGAUAUUCCAACAGUUCAUAGGUCCAAACCCAGUAAUGAUCCUAUAUGUGAUUUGCGUGAGGCAUCAUUGACCUUAACUUAUGGCAACCCAUUUAAGGUGAUAUGUCCUGGAAGUCUAUUUGGUGUCGGUGUUGAUGAUUUUGUGUUCUAUAUUACAUUCGAUGAUAUACGUGAAUUAAUAGAACGUUAAAUGCUUAACAUCUCAAUCAUACCAUUUUGGAUGUUUUAUCUAAAUCAAAAAAUUGAAGAGCAUGGCUAUGAUGACUUGUAUGGAUUUUUAGAGCCCCAGUCCACACAAAAAUCAGGGAAUAAGAAAGAGGAAAAUAUAAGUUAUAUCAGUGAUAGGAUAAAGAAUUCCCAGAAACAAAUUUACUUAGCUCCUUACAUUGAUCAAAAUCAUUGGCAGUUGUUGGUUCUUUGUCCUAUAAGUAAUGUUGCUGUAUGGUUUUGUUCUUUGCAUCAUAAGCCCACUAUGCAUGUCAAAAAUUUAGUCAAAAGUGUUAUGGCUAUGUAUAAUGUCAUAAAUGGUAGAUCUACUGCAUUAUCAAAGAACUUAGAAUGGAUUUACCCCAUGAGUUAUAAACAACAAGGACAUUACGAAUGUGGAUACUAUGUCAUGAAUUGGAUGUCAGAAAUAAUUGAAGGGGGUAUAGAAAAUGGUUGGAGUGAGCUUUUUGAAGAUGCUACAGUAUUGGAAGAAACCAAAUUGGAAGACAUUCGGAUUCAUUAGGGAAAUUUCUUUUUAGAAAAAUUUAGAAAUAGAUCAUGUUGAAAGGUUUAGUAUUACAUGUAAAAUUUAGAAAUAGGUGAACGUGGCUUUAGCAUUAGGCGGCUAAGUACAUGUCUAAUGUAGUAUGACCUAAUUUUUUUGAGCUUCUCUUCUCUUUGUAAGAAAAUACUCUUCUUUUUGGAUCUCAGAUAGGUCUGUCUUGAUUUUUGAGUAUAUGGCUUCUUUAGUAUUAUUUAUUAUAUAAUGAUAAUGAUGUAAUUGAGUCAUUCUUAUAAUGAUAAGGAUCUCAUAUUGGCCUCUUUUGGUUUA